AUGUCGACCACUCUGCUUGACCUGCACCCAGACGUCUUCCAUGCUAUCGCUGGGAAUUUGAGCAUUGAAGAUUACUACAGUCUGAGUCUUGUCAACAGACAUCUGCGAGCUCUGCUUACCGAUGAUCACUGUGUUAGGCACUGUAUCAAACACAACCUCUCCUCCUCCAUCGAAGGUAGAGCGGUCACCCGCCACGGGCAAGGCUACUGGCAAAGUAUAAGCCGGAUUCAUCAACAGCGGGAGGCUCUGAAAUAUGCUGACCCGUACUCUGUGAGCCAAAUUGCCGAUGUCGAAAGCUUUCUGUACGCAGAUGGAGCGCUGGUCUACCUUACCCCCGGUCAAAGCACUGUACGAAUACUUGAUCUUUGCAAAAGAGGUCAGGAAGAAAAGGUCCUCAGUAGGGCCUUCAUCAUCAGCAAACUGUCAAGAGAGGCCAGCACCGAUGCUUCGUAUAUCGACUGGGACUUACAGCUCCGGGCCUACAAGGACGAUAUCGUAUGUGUCUCUGCUACACGAGGCAGACGGCUCAGGGGUUUCUUGCUCGCGUUUGAUGUGAGCGAGGGCGACCAGCAAGAACGGUGUCUGCUGUGUGCGCCUCUUCCCGAAUAUGGAGUUCGAAAAUUACAAGUAGUAUCUAACAAGCAGUAUCUAUACUAUUGUUGGCCAAAUCGUCCCCGUUAUUGGGACCCAAGGGAUGGCAGAGCGCACUGGUCUGCUCAUGGAUUUCAUUUGCGCAACGCCGCCAGUCGCGACACCAAUUCGCUGAAUACAGCCACAUGCUACGCAUCUGGCGAUACUUUGGGGAAGCAGGAGGCACACAGUAGCGACUUUUUCUCCUCGAAGUGGAUCCAAAGGGAGCCUUUCCAACUCUGCGGUCUAUCGGGCCUGGAUGUCGGUACGACCAUCGCUUUCACGAUUUUCGAUGAUCAUUUCAUCGCAGUGAGCAACGCCAAACCUGUAGAUUGUCGAGGUUCCGAGCAUUUAUCGCCAUACAACUGCUAUUAUCACUACGUUAUGUUUCCUUUAGACGACCGCCAUCCUUCUAUCCGCACCAAAUUCAUCACGCGACGCAACAACGAUGAGGGUGUGAUUCACGACUCAUGGACUCGAAUGUCCUUUGGAGUGGACGAAGUCACUGGCAAGCUAUUGUUGACUGAGGCGCGCCGUGAAUGGAAAACGAACACAGAGGACAAGAUGGAGGCUGGAUAA